ACAUGACACAAAACCGAGCGCAAUGGCGUUCUAGGAUUCAUAUAGCCGACCCCACUUAGUGGGAAAAGGCUUUGUUGUUGUUGUUGUUGGUGUACUGCUUUGCUCGCCCGGAUAACAUAUGCCUCGGUACCAACUUCCUGCACGCUUGAUGGCCAUUAUCUUUGGCAGGGACAUAUAUCAAACUAUGUGCUCAAUUUGCAAGGAGGGGACAAGGUUGAUAUAUUUGUAAAGCCUGUUGAACCUGCAGAUGCUUCUGUGAGUGUGAAGAAAAUAGGGGUUAAUCUAGUAUGGGACAACUUUAUGAAGGAAAAUAUGCAUGAUUCAGACUUGCUUCUAUACGAUUUUGACCAACAUCCGGAUUGGUUAUUGGGUGCUGAUGGGUAUGAAGGAAUCAGUAGAGAACUGAGAAGCAAUUACUUGGACGUAGCCAUACACCCAGUUGGAAUAGAUUCUCGCGUUCAAGUAAUCAGUAAUUUUUUAGACGUUGAAGGAUCAAAUGAUGUCCGUAUCAUUGGAAUCUUGGGUAUGGGCGGACUGGGUAAAACAACGGUUGCAAAAGCCGUUUUCAAGAAACAUCAUCAUAGUUUUGAUGGUGCAAGCUUCCUUCCAAAUGUGAGAGAAGAUAAGAAACUGGUUCAUUCACAGAACAAACUUCUUUCUGAUAUAUUGAGUUUGGGAAACAUGAAGGUUCUUAAGGUCAAUGAAGGGACCAAGGAGAUUAUAAGAAGACUUGGCGACAAAAGAGUGCUUGUCAUAGUAAAUGAUGUAGACCGCGAUGCACAGUUAGAUGCAUUAGGUAUAAAUCAUUACUCAUUUGGUCCAGGAAGUAGAAUUAUCAUAACAACAAGAGAUCGACAUUUGCUAGAGAUGCUUAAUGUGGAUGUGAUAUAUAUUGUGCAAGAAAUGAAUAAAGAAGAAGCUCUUGAGCUACUUAGUUGGCAUGCCUUUGGUAAGAGUUAUCCUAAUGAAGAGUAUGUUGAGCUCUCAAGAAAAGCUGUUGGCUACUGUGCAGGAUUACCACUAGCACUAGAAGUCUUAGGUUCUUAUCUGUGUACAAAAAGCAAAAGUGAAUGGGAAACUGUACUGGAUAAAUGGAAAAGACAUCCUCCUAGGGAGAUACAGGGAAUACUUAAAAUAAGUUAUGAUGGGCUAACUGAUGACCUUGUGAAGGAUGUAUUCCUGAAUAUAGGCUGUUUCUUUAUUGGAAUGAACAAGAACUAUGUCACGACAAUAUUGGAUGGCUGUGACUUAUAUCCAGAAAAAGGAAUUCGAGAACUCCAAGAUCAGUGCCUUGUAACUGUUGAUACAGAAGGCAAUCUCAUGAUGCAUGACUUGAUUCGAGACAUGGCCAGAGAAAUCGUACAUGCACAAUGCCGUUACCAUCCAGGAGAACGUAGUAGGUUGUGGCAUCAUGUGGAUGUAAUAGACGUAUUGGCGAAACAAUCUGGAACGGAAGACGUUGAAGGACUCGCUUUAGAUAUGAAAGAGUCUGGCGAGCGUAGCUUCAGUACAGAAGCAUUUAAAGAUGCGACGUCUGAGAUUGCUCAAACUCAAUUAUGUAAAUGUUACCGGAAGUCACAGCAAUCUUUCAAAAGAGUUAAGAUGGUUGUGUUGGCAUGGAUUUCCUCUGAAGGUCAUACCUGAAGAUUUCGAUCAACCAAACCUAGUUGCUAUUGACCUGAACUAUAGCAAACUCAUACGAGUUUGGGAGGAUACUGACGUGCUGCUCAAGAAUCUGAAAAUCAUCAAUCUCAGUCAUUCCCAUUACCUAACAGAAUCACCAGAUCUUUCCAAAGUCCCAAAUCU